AUGUGCCGCCAAGUGGUGAUCGCCUUUUGCAAAAAUAUUUUUGCAAGCAAUCUAAUCACUGCAAUUGAUGGUGAAUGCCUAGCCUGCAAGGGAAGGAUCAAACUGGACGCUGCCAAAGACCAUCUAGGGCGAUGUUCAGAAGUUGAAGUGGUGUGCCUUCUCUGCAGUGAAAAACUGCAGAGAAAACACCAAGAUGGCCACGAUUGCCCCAUGCGGGAAAUAAUCUGCAACUGUGGCGAAAAGUUCAACAAAAAAGACGAGGAACACCACCAGCAUCUUUGCAGUUUUAAACAGAUACAAUGCCCAUUCGAUUGCGGCGAAUUGGUAGAAAGGUACGUUAAAAAGUGUAUGUGACAGAAAUUUUUUUGUUUGCUCUAUAGAAUCUGUACAGUGUAUUGAUAAGGAAAGCAAAAAUAAUAUUUCGAUAGCGAUUUUUCUUCAUCGUGUUUUAACCUACCAAAAGAGUGAAAUUUCAAUUCCGGUGGGCUACAAAACCGCGCGGGUGAGAAUAGAAGACUAAGAUUUAUUGUUAUGUCUUUUCAGGACAUUCUGUACAGAUUCUAUCAAGCAAAUACAAUAGUUUAUGUAAUAUAUACACCUCUGGGCUAGUAUGCCGUCAGUUUGUCGACAUUGGAGUUUUGGCGAGAAAAGAUCGUUUCAACUGAAAAAUGUCGACGAUAGACGAAAUUGGAAUUAGCAGAGGAGGGCUCUAACCUGGGACUAGGCUCUGCAGGUUUGCAGGGGGCGGGGGGGAGUCAAGAAAGGGGUCAAACAGGAAAAAGAAUUUAGGCGAGCGAAUCGAGUUGAGCGGUGAAUUGGGGAAGAGAGAAGGGCGGCGGAGCCUCAGCCACCCUUUCCCAGGCCUGACCGCUGGAGACCCUCAUCUCUCGGCUUCCUUUGCGCUCCUAUUUUUUUCUUUUUUUUUGGUUAUCAAAGCUAACAUUUAAUUUUCCAUUUUUCCCCCAAUGCGGAGCCUGGUCCCAGCCUAAGACAGCUCAUAGAGCCAUCAUUAAAACGGUUUUAUAUAACAUAUGCAGAAGAGAAAGGAAAACAGGUUCACAGCUUCUUGGGGCGGCUAUAUAAAAUUAAUAACAAAAGAAGAGUUUGAGAACGCUUGUGUACUAGUGAGUAAUGGAGUAAUCCUCAUUAUUAAUUGAUCUCCCAAGGUAUCUUCUCCCAUCUCAUACACUACAAUGCCCCGCCAAAGUGCAGAAAUGCACCGUCAAGGGAUGUGGAGAAACGGUCAGGAGGAAGGACAGGAAAAAGCACGAGGAUGAAAAUAUGUCCCGCCACUACAGCCUCCUUAAAGAGGAAAACGAACGCAUUCUUUGGAGUGCCAGCAAAAUGGUGAGUUUGCCCGAAAUGCCAUGAAGAAUUUUAUUGUUAGGAGACAUUUCAAGGAAACCUCUUAACAGAGUCUCUGGAGUGAAAUUAUAGUAUCUGUAACCCGAAUUGUUUUGUUACAAUUAGUACAAACUUAAAAACAAGAAGCUGAAUAAAUAACCUCAUUACAUAGUCAUAGAACCAUUGCGAUCGGCGCUGUAACAUGUAUUGAAUGCUUGGAAAGAAAUUAUAGCAUAAGUUGUCAGACAGGCAGACGGAUGCGGUCAUUAAGUCAAACAACCUGAAAUUCGCGAAAUACGAAAUAAACAUUGCUAAGUACCCAAACUAAGCGUGAAAAAAGAUAGCCCUUACACAACAACUGAAAGUCGCUGCUAACAAGACAAUUGACUUUACUCGUUCGUGGACUGGUUUCUUCAGACUUUCCAACGGGAAAUUUUGAGAAAAAGACGUAAAAACAACUUACAACAAAGCUUGAAUAAAGCUUUCUGAAGCCAUUUUAAGUAUUUUGAGUGAUUGCUGGGAAAAAUUUAUCUGUUCCUCACUCCCCGCGCAGAAAAAAAAAAAGAAAUUUGUUUGUAAGAAACGUAAACUUGCUUUUUGCGAAAAUUUAAAACGUUGGGGGAACGUUACGUCCAAAAUUUUGUUUCGAGGAACACUCGCGUCAUUCUCAUUUCUGAAGCUAUGAUUAAAACGAAAACGGAUUACGACUCUUUUUUCGCAUUUGCCUAUGGAUCACAAUGAAGUUCUUCGUUGCCAGAUUGUUGCAAAAAGAAAAAAAAGGUUCGCUGUUUUAGCCGACAGUGUACGUAGAGUUGCAAUGCACCUUGGAAACACCUCGAGUUCCCCUUAUGUUUUUUCGUGCUUUCAUCUAAAAACAAGCAUAACAAUUGUCCUGCUGAUAUGGUAUUUCAUCCAAGAAAGAUGUUGUUAACGCCUCCUGUGGUACUUUUUUUCACAGAAGUGGCUUCAUGUUAAGACAGGAAGAACAGGUGAGGCGGGAGCAUACACAUGGAGUAUCCCGAACUGCUACGGCGACAUAUGUUCGCCAAGCUUUGAGAUGUGGGGCCGUAAGUGGCGACUGUUCUGCAUAAGACGAGGAGGCAUCAUCCACUACGGCCUUGAAAAUGAAGAGGGAGACAGGCCUAUCCACUUGUCAGUGAGGUACGUUUGCAUGCAGCAAAUUCUUAAAGGGACACACCGUCCUGUCCGAAAUUUAUAUUAUACUCUGUAAACCUUAAGUGGCGCAGUGGGGGCUAAGGGGAUAAAGGAUGGGAGUGGGACGUCUGUGUUGCGACCUUUUCAGCUAACUCGUUUUUCUCUCUUUGCAGUUUCAUGGUCGAGGGUAAAGAAGUGAGGGUAAAGAAGUAUAUAACAUACCCCUUUUGGAGUUUAAGAAGGGACAGAUGA